UUAGUUGAUUGACCAAUAAGAAGUAGCGUUACAUAUUCUUUAGUCACGUGACUUCAGGUGUGGGACGCAAACCGCGUCAGAUCGAUGUAAACAGAAAGUGUUGUAUUCAGAAGACCAAGCAAGCAGCUAAACAUUCACCAAGAUGCCGGCAGCCUCACACACUGAGGAUGAAACUGGAUUAGUGGCAGUAAGAACUUUACAGAACAAUCUAGAUCGACUGCAAGAUGCGGCUGAUGCUCCAGACAAUGAGAUCAAUUUUCUCAGCAAAUUCUUGUCUAACCCACUCUUACAGUCCAUUGUAGAGACACAAGACAAACUGGAAGAUCAGCCAGAGGUACCAGCAAACAUACAUGCAGGGAAGUUAGUGACAGAUGUAUACAAUGCUCUAGGGGACCUGAUCAGCACAGACAGAACUGCUGAUGAGCUUGAUAGACUUCUCUCAGACAGGCAUUUCAAGGCUGUGUUAGAUGCCCAUGAUGACAUUAUUGACAGGAAUUUUGAAGAGAUUCCAGCUGUCGAAGACCAACCUAUCUUCCAGGAGACUGAUCAGGGUGUAUUUAACACUGUGAAUGACCAGAUUAGACUGGUCGGUAUUAUGAAGAGUGAUACUGAACCAUUGGGAAUCACAGUGAAAAUAGAUGAGACUGGAGACCUCACCAUUGCCAGAAUUAUGGCAGGCAGCAUGAGCGAUAAAUUAGGACUAUUGCAUGUUGGAGAUAUCAUCAAAGAAGUGAACGGCAUUCCAGUAUUCACCCCACAGCAGUUGAUGGAUAUCAUUAGGAAUGCAGAUAGAAGUAUCACACUGAAAAUUGUACCCACAUACAUUGAACAACAUCAUACAUCACAGAUGUUCCUUAAAGCUCAUUUCAACUAUAAUCCACAAAAUGACCGCCUCAUUCCGAGUAAGGAGGCGGGCUUGGCAUUCCAGGACGGCGAUAUUCUACACAUAUAUAAUCAUGAUGAUCCUAAUUGGUGGCAGGCACAAAUUAUAGGCGAUGAAACAAAUCGUGUUGGUCUCAUUCCAUCCAAGAACCUUGAAGAAAACCGAAAAGCUUUCGUCAGAUCAGAUAUGGAUUAUUCAAAAAGUAGUUUAUUAUGUGGUUUAAAGAGAAAAAAGAAAAAGAAGAUAAAAUACAGUACCACAAAAAAUAAAGACUACGACACAGCAGAUUUAGUGCUGUAUGAAGAAGUAACCAGAAUGCCUCCGUUCCAGAGAAAGACACUUGUUCUCGUAGGGGCCAAUGGGGUUGGUAGAAGAUCCCUGAAGGAAAGACUGAUAAAGUCUGACCCCAGGAGGUUUGCUUCUGCUCUACCACACACAUCGCGUCCACCGAGGGAAGGAGAAGUCCAUGGGAAGAAAUAUUUCUUUACGGAUAGAGAAACUAUGGACAUGGAGAUACAGAAUGACCUGUAUUUGGAGUAUGGAGAAUUCAACGGCAAUGUUUACGGCACAAAACUGGAAACUAUACAUGACACAAUACGGUCUGGGAAAAUGUGUGUUCUUGAUGUGAACCCUACGUCACUAAAAGUAUUGAAGAAUCCAGAAUUCAUGCCAUACAUCAUUUUCGUUGCUGCACCAAGUGCAGAGGCCUUGAUGGUCAUGUAUGAAGAUGGGCGCAGAAAGGGUGUUGGUCGAGGGAUUGCUGGACCAGGAACAAUAGAUUUCAAAACUGAGGAAGAUUUUUUGAAGAUUAUUGAGGAGUCGGCACAAAUUGAAAAAGUUUAUAAGAGUUACUUUGACAUGACAAUAGUGAAUGACAGUUUCGACGACACUUUCAGGGAAAUUAGACAGGUGGUAGACUCAUUGAGUACAGAUACACAGUGGGUACCAGUCAACUGGGUCUAUUAAAAACUUUAAAGCAGUCUUAAAUUGUGUUUAAACAAAAAUGCAAAGCUGGAUACCAGUCGGAUUUUUCCUAAAAACAGCAAAUGAUUACCAGUCGGCUAGGCCUGUUGAAAAAUUAAACUAGUCUUUUAAGAAAACUUUGAAGCUGGAUACCAGUUUGAUGUGCAGAAGCUGGAUACCGGUUUGAUGUGCAGAAGCUGGAUACCGGUUUGAUGUGCAGAAAAAACAUAACCAGUGCAGUCCUUAAAGGAGUCCGAUCCAGUGUAUUGUGGUAAACAGUUAUAAACAGGACAGGGUUUAUUUUUAUUUCAGCUGUUUGACAUUUAAAAUAUUUUGAAACUUUAGUGAAUUUUUGUAAGUAAAACUUGAUGCAGACUAUAAGUUUCUGACAUCCUUCCUAUUAUUUAGGGUUACAUUUUUCCCAGACAUAAACAUUUCUCCGUGAUUGUAUUUUGGCAGCUAAGAUUAACGGUCAACCUAUUCAGGUUUUUUGACUUUUUAUUUUAGAGAAAAAUUACUUCCAGCCUUUGCAGGUUUUCCAUUGACCUUUAUGAACUGAUCAUUCCAUAUUUAUGCAAUUUUUGUAAAGAGUGUAUAUACCUGUACAUUACAUUAGAGUUAGUGUAACCAUUUAUUUCCCUGUACAUAGUACAAAAUGCAUUUUCAAGUAACACCAUAAUCGUGUCUUUAAAGAUUACCUGUCACAUUAAAUACCAAGUUGCUGCUCUUUAAUGCCUAGUUAUCCAGUUAUUUUCAAUUGUGUGGCACAAAUAUUUCCAUGUUUAGCUUCAGACAGUGAUUUCAGGUUUCUAAAUUAAGUUUUUUUUACUUUAAAUAAUGAUAGUUAACCUUUAAGGUAAGCUCCUGUAUCAUGCAGCAAUAUGUUUUAAGUUAUAUGUGCAAUAUAUUGCUUUAUACUUCAGCGUAGGACACAAACCAUCAUUUAGCUGUUAAAAACAAGAUGGAAAUAAUUAUCUUUUAGACACCAUGGAGACGAAAAAAAGAGUUUAUAUAUUGAAUAAAGAAGUAGUUCCUUAAAACUAAAAAAUAAAAUGAUUAAAACUGAAUGAAAUAAAGCACUUGAUAGAGAAAAUAGAAACAUUGAAUUGAAAUGUUUUCAACAGUGUUACAUAUUAAGUAUAUUCCAUAACUUUCAGGGUUUCGGCAUGUUAAAAUUAUGAAAAUUUGACAGUUACGUCAGACUGUAAAAAAUCCUAUUUACUUUAUCAGUUCAGAUAACCAGUUUGUGUUAUUACUGUAUGCUGUAAAAUUUUGUUUUUAUCUCAUACAACUUGAAGAGUUUUUGUACUGACGCUGCAAUUCUACGCCUUUUUGCCAUACAGUUUAUCCUUGCUCAUUUCUCAUAUCAUAUUUUAUAGUCAUUAUUUAAUGCUGUAGAAUUAUCUACUUUGUUUACCGGACGAGUGAAAGUUGUGCUUUCCUGAGGGUUUUAUUGUGUAAGAUUUUCUAGUUGUUGCAUCACAUUUGAAAUCAGCCAUGGUAACUUGAUCAAUUACAAUAAGGGUGUUUUAUAAAUAAAAUACUUCAUACAUUAAUUUCCAGUGUUUGGAAAUCAUCUAGUAAUGUUUUAGGAGCUGAGAGGCGCUUUGGUGCACAGACCAAAUGUUUUCAUGUAGAUUCUUAUGACACGGAUUACUUUGUUUGCUUUUCCAUUUUCUUUAGUAAUUGACAUCUGAUACCAACACAUGCUUACCGCCAGCAUUGUCCAAUACAAAUGAUGCCAUAUUAAAACAUAUUUGAUAAAGAAAUGAUUAUUCUUUUAAAUAUUGUUAGGCAACUAGAUACUUCAUAAGUGGAUAUAUUUGCGGGUCAGAUAAACUUAUUAAUUGCCGAUUCAAGACAUUUUGUGAGCAGAAAUAUUUGUGAAUCAAUAAAAACUGCAGUGCCAAAGCUAAGUUUGUUUAGCUUUACUUGACUAUAUUGGCAUGUUUUAGUGAAUGUGAAAAUUUACGCUGGUUGAUAUUUUUGUUUUUCAUUGCUGACCUCCACUUGCACAGUAGAAAUGUUCUGUAUCUCUAGAGUCUCAUAACGUACAAUUUGUAGGAUAUUAAUUAAGGUAUUUGAGCCGUGCCAUGAGAAAACCAACAUAGUGGGUUUGCGACCAGCAUGGAUCCAGACCAGCCUGCGCAUCCGCGCAGUCUGGUCAGGAUCCAUGCUGUUCGCUAACAGUUUCUCUAAUUCCAAUAGGCUUUGAAAGCGAACAGCAUGUAUCCUGACCAGACUGCGCGGAUGCGCAGGCUGGUCUGGAGCCAUGCUGGUCGCAAACCCACUAUGUUGGUUUUCUCAUGACACGGCUCAUUUUGUUAUUACCUUGUGUUGACCUACUGCUGUGUGCAGAAGCAUUACAAAGCUUUUAUUUUGAUAUCUUCCUUGUAAAUCUCUCUUCCGUCCUAAUUACAAUGUAUAGAGAAAUAUAUUCAUUAAUUCUGGUAGUAUGGUAUUGUAUUUUAUGACUUUAAUGAAGUGUUGAUUGGAUUGCCUUUGAAAGUGCUAACAGAUUUGUUCAUACAGUAGUGCUGACAUAGAUUUUCCUCUGCAUGUCAAUCUGUAUUACUCUCCAGUCAUUUAUUAUAAGCCGCAGGCUUUUGUGUUGUAUAAUGUUAUUAAACACAAGUGUUCUUACGAGCCUUACAAGUAAAAUCUUGAUGAUUCUCAUAAUGCCGUGUCAAGUAAUGUGAUUGCUGCUUUUAUAAAAAAUACAUGGACUGGAAAGACUGUGAAAAGACCUGUUUAUUAUAAUAUAAAGUUAUGUUCCUAAUUUUAUUAGUCCAGAAAUAAUUCAUAUUUAAAUAUAUUAGAGAUGAAAAAUCUACAAUCAGCAAUCUACAAGUAUUCCUGUUCCAAGAGAGAUCAGAAAGCAUUAACUAUGAAUGUAGUCUUCAUUGUUUGGUCUGAUAUUCUAGAAUAACACAUUUUUGUGUUUGCAAGUUUAAAAUUGGAUGCAGGUGAAGUUGCAGGUAUGUUUUAUUUAUACAGUAAUUUGUUUAGACUAGAAUUUCAGGUCUGCUGAUACUCGGAUGUUGAUAUAUAUGAAUACAAACUUAACUUCUAAGCAGCCUUGGAGUGCUCUGAUAUCAAGUAUAGAAUGAAAUGGUAUGGUGUGAGCCAAGCUUACAUUAAAGUGGUUUACCUGUUGUAUUUAGUAGAUACUAAAUAUACAUAUAAAAUAGCUGCUUUAAUAUUUAAACAGUUUCUUGUAAAAUAACAUUUAUAAUUAUUGCAUGAUUUUUGUAUAUUAACAUUGUGAUAUUAAACUGUAAACGAAUCAUGACGUGUUAUAUUAGGCAAAUUGGAUUGAUCAAAGUGUAUCAUAGAUUCUAUUUUAUGUAAUCAUAUAUUUUGUAAUUUUUGUUGUACAAGUAUUCACAUAUAUAUUUUACAUUAAAAAAAACUUGGUGAUAGAAAUUACACAGUAUGUAUGUUAUAUAUGAUAACGGUUUGCUAAACUAAGAGUCCUGCAUUAAAUUCAUCAGUGCUGAACUUGAAAGCAUUUUUAAUGUAAAAAUGAACUAUGUAGCAUAUUUGUGAUCUGUUGUAUGCAAAGUUCUACUUAUUUUCAAACAUCAUUCAUAACUGUAAUAAUUAUGUUUAUAGUCAUGCAGAAAUACAUACAUGUAUAUGAGCCUCACCAUUAGAAAACCAACAUAGUGUGUUUGCGACCAGCAUGGAUCCAGACCAGCCUGCGCAUCCGCGCAGUCUAGUGAGGAUCCAUGUGGUGCGCUCUCAUGCCUAUUGCAAUUAGAGAAACUUAGCGAACAGCAUGGAUCCUGAUCAGACUGCAUGAAUAUGCAGACUGGUCUGGAUCCAUGCUUGUGGCAAAUGCACUAUGUUGGUUUUCUCAUGGCAUGGCUCAUAUCAACUUUUGCUUCUUAAAUUUUUGAUAAAAUGUUAAUAGUUUGGAAAAGAAAUCUUUUAUAUGUAAGAUUUAUUGCAGUUUCCAGUAUCUCUAUAAACAUUUGUUAGUUUAGAAUUGAUAAUAUUUUGCAUUCUGUCCAAAUUCACUUUGUGCCUUAUUUUACCAGUCUUGUAAUCAUGGCCUGAUACAAAAUAUCACAACAUAAACCGGCCUAAUGAUUGUUCUUUCUAAUCUCAGUUUAUCCGAUGCGAUCAUUCUUUAUAUAUAUACUUUGAGUAAAAUCUGUUCCAUUGUCAUUUACAUUUUCUGAUCAACAUAGCAAACCCAUUAUAUUUUUUUGGAUAUUAAAAUGAAAUAAAUAUGAUAACAUG